AUGCAUAUUUCAACAGUGCUGGUUUCAAGAAAAGUUCAAGUGAAGAGUGAGAAUUCAGGUAUUAUUAUUGUCUCCCUAUAUGUAGAUGAUAUUGUAUAUACUGGUAACAGCCCACAAAUUCUUGAAGAAUUUAGAAAAGAUGUGAUGAAGCACUAUGAGAUGACAGAUUUGGGAUUGUUACACCACUUUCUUGGAAUGGGAAUAUUACAAACCGAGAAGAGUAUUUUUAUACACCAAAAGAAGUAUGCACAGAAGUUGAUUGAGAAGUUUGGAUUAAAAGAUUGCAAAGCGGUAGCAACUCCACUUGCAAUGAAUGAGAGAUUGAGCAAGAUUGAUGGAAGUGAAGCUGCAAAUGAAGGAGAAUACAGACAGAUUGUGGGAAGCUUGCUCUAUUUGACAGCAACUAGACCUGAUGUGAUGUUUGCAGCAAGUCUCUUGGCAAGGUUCAUGCAUAAUCCUACCAAGAAACACCUAGGGACAGCAAAGAGAGUGCUGAGAUAUAUUCAAGGAACACUUGAUUUUGGAAUUGAAUUUAUAAAAGGGAAGACAACUACUCUAAUCGAUUACUGUGAUAGUGACUGGGCAGGAAGUGAAGAUGAUAUGAGGAGCACUUCAGGGUAUGCAUUUACUCUAGGAUCUGGUGUGUUUUCAUGGGCAUCGAUUAAGCAAAACAUAGUGGCAUUGUCCACUGCAAAAGCAAAAUAUGUCAGUGCUGCUAAAGCUAUUUCCCAAGCAAAAUGGUUGAGGUUCGUACUUGAGGACUUUGGAGAAGAACAAGUUGAAGGAACUCAAAUCAUGUGUGAUAACACAUCAGCCAUAGCAAUGGCAAAGAAUCCAGUUCUCCACCAGAAAACCAGACAUAUCAGUUGA